AUGGUGGCUGUAUUUGUUUUGUACCUCACAUUGCUUCGCAAUAAGCGCCAAGACACCAUCGCGCUCGCGUAUCAGAGUAGCGUCGUCACGCCCGUCUCGUGGCUGCUCUUCAUUACUGUUCUUCAGAUGCUGGAGUCGUUCGAACAUAUUGUAUCUUUGCCGAUGAAGAUGCUGAUGAUCACUGUCUGGUCGGUGGAGGCGGUUACGGCUAGGGUUUACCAAGAAUUCACCUUGAAGGAGACGAGGCCCGACUAG